AUGAUAGAUCCAUUGAUAGAUCCACCCAGCACUAGUAUGAUAGAUCCAUUAAUAGAUCCACCCAGCACUAGUAUGAUAGAUCCAUUGAUAGAUCCACCCAGCACUAGUAUGAUAGAUCCAUUAAUAGAUCCACCCAGCACUAGUAUGAUAGAUCCAUUAAUAGAUCCACCCAGCACUAGUAUGAUAGAUCCAUUAAUAGAUCCACCCAGCACUAGUAUGAUAGAUCCAUUGAUAGAUCCACCCAGCACUAGUAUGAUAGAUCCAUUAAUAGAUCCACCCAGCACUAGUAUGAUAGAUCCAUUAAUAGAUCCACCCAGCACUAGUAUGAUAGAUCCAUUAAUAGAUCCACCCAGCACUAGUAUGAUAGAUCCAUUAAUAGAUCCACCCAGCACUAGUAUGAUAGAUCCAUUAAUAGAUCCACCCAGCACUAGUAUGAUAGAUCCAUUAAUAGAUCCACCCAGCACUAGUAUGAUAGAUCCAUUAAUAGAUCCACCCAGCACUAGUAUGAUAGAUCCAUUAAUAGAUCCACCCAGCACUAGUAUGAUAGAUCCAUUAAUAGAUCCACCCAGCACUAGUAUGAUAGAUCCAUUGAUAGAUCCACCCAGCACUAGUAUGAUAGAUCCAUUAAUAGAUCCACCCAGCACUAGUAUGAUAGAUCCAUUAAUAGAUCCACCCAGCACUAGCAUGAUAGAUCCAUAA